GUGUGUGCGAGAAGGGAUCCUAUCGUUUUGUCGGUUGGGUGUGCGCUGUGCGCUGGAACUAUUACUGGAAAAUGAAUUGCGAGUUCUAGUUAAAAAGGCACAAAAUUUAACUUUUUGAACAGCUAUACCAUUAUUUUAUAUACUCUAAACUGGAUUACUCACUCUCAAAGGCAUAAUGUUUAAGAGACAAGUCAUGCCCUUAGGAAGCGGCAAUUCAGCACGGACCUAGAACAUGAGUUGGUGUUCACAAUAUACAGGCAGACUGUAAAAACGUUCAAGUGGAUGGAAUUUUAAUGCAAAGGAGACUCUAACUCCCAGCGUAAACACGGAUUUUGCGCAUUUUAUCGCGGCUAUUUUGGAAACUGCUACUAAACGAAUGGAGUAGCCUACUUCGAAGAUAAACAGUUUUUUAUGUCAAAGCGUGUUUAGUCGAUCAAAUCAAAUGGAUUUAUAUUCAGACAGCGGCUUCAAUACACAACGAUUAGUAUAACACAGUUAUACUGUGUCAACUGUACCAAUUAUAUAUUUGAUGAAGCAAGGACAAAAGGGUCACAUUAACUGUAGUCGGCAUGUUAAAUGUGCAUCUACAACGGCAAAACGUACUCCAGCGAAAGGGUUCGCGGGCAAAGAUUCCACUUGUUACCCAGUCUAGUAUUAUUUUUCCGACCAGUGUCAGUUUAGAAAUGUGUUGUGUCAGUUAGUUUGAACGUGAUCAUAGUCUACCUUAAACCUCUAUUCGACGUUGACUGGUAAGGUGAUGAAAUAAAGAGCCUGACGAUUAUCACACCUCCAAUAUUGUCUUGUACAGGCUAUGCAGAACUAAAAGAUAAAAAAAAAUAUAUAUAUAUACGUAUUUUCAGUGAUGGAAUAGGCUAGUCAUUUCAUAGUAAUUUGCAUUCGUUACCGUAUCCCUUCGCAUAAUAUAUAUGCGACACUUGGGAUCGCACCUUUUGCGAGAUACAAACUAUAGCUUUUUUCGAAUGAUUUCAACGUGUAGUUGAUUAAUUUUGACUCACUGACUAGGCUUAACGUGGAAAUGGCCGGCUCCGGUACGAAUUGGAAGUACUACCUUUGGAUUUUAAUAGUAUUGUGCAGGUCGCUGUUACCCGUUGCCAAAUCGUUGGAAUCAGUUAUUUGGAGCUCGCGAAACCCCAAAUUUCAGUAUGGGAAGGGCUUGGUGAUCUACCCAGAGAUCGGGGACAAGCUGGACAUUAUCUGCCCAAAGGCAGACAUGGGGCGACCAUAUGAGUUUUACAAACUGUACCUGGUAAGAAAGGAACAGGCAGAACAGUGCAGUACAGUCAUGGACCCGAAUGUCUUGGUCAGCUGCAACAAACCUGAGAAGGACAUCAAAUUCACCAUCAAGUUUCAGGAGUUCAGUCCAAACUACAUGGGCCUGGAGUUCAAAAGGAACAUCAACUACUACAUCACAUCCACAUCCAAUGGGACCCUGGAGGGCCUAGAGAACAGGGAAGGAGGGGUCUGUAAUACCCUUUCCAUGAAGAUCGUCAUGAAAGUCGGCCAGGACCCAAACACGUUUGUACCGGACCCAGUUGUAACGGAGAAGCCAAGCCUGGAGCAUGACAACACUGUGAAGGAUACAACCACCAGUUCAAAUAAGAAGAAGGGUGGCAGUGGUGGUGCCGUAGAGCCAGCCAACAAAGACACCAUGAAUCAGGACAAGUCCAACUCAGUAGAGGGUAUCUUUGGUUCCAAGCCAGCACUGUUUGCAGCCAUCGGGGCUGGAUGUGUAAUCUUCCUCCUGAUCAUCAUCAUCCUCAUUGUCCUACUGAUUAAGCUGAGGAAGAGGAACCGUAAACACACACAGCAGCGGACCACUGCUCUGUCACUCAGCACGCUGGCCAGCCCCAAGUGCUCUGGGAAUGCCGGCUCAGAACCCAGUGACAUCAUCAUCCCUCUUCGGACUACAGAAAACAACUACUGCCCCCAUUAUGAGAAGGUGAGCGGGGACUACGGCCAUCCAGUUUAUAUAGUCCAGGAGAUGCCCCCCCAAAGUCCAGCUAACAUCUACUACAAGGUCUGAAGCAAAGACUAUUUUUAGUGUGUUUGCUUGUAGGUGAGAAUUCUGGUCUACCUUUUACUACCAUCUGAUGCUAAAAAAGUCUUUUUGUUAUAAAUGGUGAAACAACAACAGAAAGAAAAUGUUUGCCAUGGACACAGUAAUUGAAACAUUGUAUUUAUGUUUCAAGAUAGGCCAAAGGCAGGUUUUGGGGCAGGUUUGCUUCCUGAUUAGAGUUUAAAUUCAUCCAAGGUUUUAUACUGUGUGUCUAAGAAGACUAAGAAGAUAGCUGAUCCUAUAGGGAAUUGAGAUGCCUUUGCUCUGACAGUGGAGACAAGUUGUAAUCAGGGUAUAUACAACACAAACGAAGUAACCUGUGUUAGGGUUGUCACUCAUGGACUUCAUUCCUGUAUGGUUUGCCCAGAGACAGAAAAGGGCACUGUGUGAUAACAUAGGGUAACUUCUCUUUCACAACAAUGUGCUUUACAUGCACUGUUUUUGUCACCUACAGUAGCUACCUGUUUAACAGUGUGCUCUUUCAGCGUUGGGUUUCUUUUUUACUGCCUUUCUAGUUAAUACAUUCAAUAUUAUAUUAAAUAUGAAUAUUUUUUCAUGUUUUCUCUACUGAUGCAUGUAGGGGGAUCUGUUUUGUCCAUGGUGAUUUCGUUUUUCUAUUUUCUUUUUUCUAAAGCAAACACAACAGUUUAGGUCACAGUUGUGUUAAGUAGGUGUCCUCUGUUCUACUUCUGGAAGCAUGUCUGAACAGUCAGGUAUGCAAUUGUGAGGGUAGCAACAAAUGUGCCUCAUUCUGUAUAUGAAAAAGAUCAGAAAAUCUGAAGGAACAUUUAUAUCCUGGAUAUAAAAUAAAACAAAGGAUAUGUUUCAAAAUGACAGGUCACUUCUUUGUCUGAACUGCCUUGAGGGUCUUAAAUUAGACCACAGUUUUCCUCUCUGUGGAAAAGAAUAACAAGAUCAAAUUUGUUUGAGGAGAAAAAAGUGUGGAAGCAAUUAAGAUGUUAUCAGAGGGGCAGAGUUUUUCACUCCCACCUAAAGUCUGUUCUUUAGAAGAAUUGGAUGGGUUUGGAGUGAAUUGUGUGUGUUCAUUGAAUGAUAUGGAAUUACAUUUUGUAGUGAUAGUUUUGCAAUGCUAGAGCAUGAAAUGAACAGGGAUGUAGGUAAGGAUAGUUCUAUUUUUGGACAUGUUUUAAUUCCUAAAGAGCUUAAACAUUGUUACCACAGUAUGAAAUGAAUAGGGAUGUAGCUAAGGAUAGUUUUAUUUUUGGACACAUUUGUUUGCUCCUAAAGAGCUUAACCAUUGGUACCACCAUAACAGAAUGGCACUAAAACAUCUCUGGUGUCUUCACCAUUCCAACAUCAAAGCCCAGGGAAGAUUACAGUGUUACCAAAUAGUUUUCAUCAUGAAUCAUUAAACGUUUCUGUUUCGAUGUCUUGUACUGAAGUGGGUCCCAUUGUCUAAUUGUGUGUUUUCAUGCAUAUUUUCUAUGCUGAUAACAUUGAGAUUAUUUUAAGUUAUUAAGAUGCUUCACAGAAAGAGUAAGAGUAGUAUGUGCUGUCAGUUUUUUUGGCUUUGUUUCAGAAUUACUCUAGAGCAGAUUCCCUGUCUUUUGGACAGAAUUUAUUGUAGACAGGGACUUUUGAAACAAAAAAAGAUUUUCUCCUAAUUGGGGUUUAUAUGAAUACAUUCACUUUUGUUUGGCUUUAAAGGCCAUAGAAAAAUAAAUGUUUGCCUUCCCAGAGUCUUGUACAAUGUCACCUACAUUACAAAAUACUUUGUUUAUAAAAUAUGCAAACCUUAAAUGAUAAUGAUGUCUAGGAAUUCAUUUUUAUUUCUUUUUAAACACAAUUAUAUUGUAACUAUCUUUCAUAGAGGGCACAACUGAAAACAUUUUAAGGAAAAAAAACCUAAACGUAAUUCACUGAUAAAUGGUGAUGAACAGAAUCACAAUUAUUUUGAUAUUUAACAAGCAUUGUGUUAUUGUUAUGUGUGGUUUGUCAUUGGGUAAAGGUAUAGUUGAAUAAAAUGAUAAUAUCACCAUGUUUAAAGAUGAUGUGUACGCCACACUAUAAUCUUUAAUUGACACCAGCACAACACCCUGUGGUGCUAUAAGUAACCUGUGACAGCUAGUAUAUUACUGUUUUGUGUUUAUUUUAUGGUAGUUCAGUAGCAUAAAAUAAUGUAAAUGUGAAAAUGUUCAACUUCAAUUUUACAUUUACUAGAGCCCCAUUUAUGAACUUAUAAUUCAUUUUUUUUGGUAUGCAGAAUGUUGUAAAUAUGUGUCUUUUUGAAAAUACUUUUUUUUUAUAAAUCUAGAUUUUUUUAACAGACAACAAUAUGUUGAACAAAUCUCUUUGGGCCUUGUUCAGAACUGAGAUAAGUUGACAUAAUGUUGACUUAAAUCCAUGUUUUUUUGACUUACUGUUAAUUCCAUAUUAAUUACCCCAACCCCCCCCCCCCCCCCACACUCCUUUGUUUUUUCUGCUCAGUCAGAGACUGUUUGGUUUUGGGUGAUAAGGAUGCUGGAUUAGGUGCCUAGAGAAGGGCUAGACAUUCUGCUAUGGAUUUAAUAAAUUUUCUCUGUGACAGUCACGCCUAGAGAUUAAUGCAACUGUUAUUGAACGUAAAACAGGGUAGGGUGAGCAACCAGUUAAAUGCCUAACCUCAUUCCUUCAUGUUUUGAUCAGCUCACAUCUGAAAAUCUAAAAAUGCUCUAUAGUAAUCUAUAAAAAAAAAAAAACAUGGUGAUUUAAAUAGGAAGAUUUAAGUAUAUUAUUCCAGGCAAUAUUUUUUAAACUAUCUGUAUGGUCUCACAGAUCAAGUAACUCCAUCUGUAGUCGUGAGUAUCCAAGGGGAAGGAUGAACAGCAUGAUUGGAGAUCUGCUGAGCUUGCGACUUGUGGAAAUAAAUAAGGCCAACAUACAUUGCUCUAUCUCAGUCCUUCGUCAGCCCUGAAGUUGAAAUGGAGACGCUGACUUGACCUCUGCAGAUUAACACAAUAUUAUCUAUGGCUCUCUCUAAUGAGAAAGCAGCUCAAACCCCAGACAUUUCCUCAGCUAUCAACCACAUGGCCAAGUCCAGCCAACCUCUCCUGGGCCAGGCCACUCACAAUGGAAAAAUAUCACAGCCGUGAUUAGCACAAUGAUAGCAGAAGUAUGUGAACUUAAACUCCAUGUUACUUUUAUUGGAGUAAGGAGAAAAAUAUGUACAUUAGUAAUGAAGUGGUUUGAUUUUCCUACUCACAGUUUAAGCAGUAGUGGCAAGCUUAGUGUAAGCGGUUGCUCACUUUAUCAACUCUGUCAUUAUUUUCAGAAUUGUAUUUCUGUUCAUUAUAUCACAUUACUUUCAAUGUAUAUGUAAGCAAUCCAAGUGCAUUUGUGUUUUUUUGUAUCUGCUCCAUGUUCAUAUAUUUCGCCUUUCAUUCACAUGCAGCUUCAACCUGUGUUCAACAUUACCAGUUAAAAUGGAAUGGAAAUUCUAUGAGCCAAGUUUGAAAACCUGAUAUUGCAUAUUAAUAAAUACAUUUUUCCUAUGGAAAUAA